AUGAGUGGAUGGACUACCAGUUGUCUGAGUGAUCGGGAAUCAGACUCAACUGACUCCACCUCUUCUUCGAGUCUUGGAAGAGCCGCAGUCAUGAUGCCAUCCCCCGGAGGAUUCCUGGAGUGUCGUGGAUACGAGUUGGUUGACUCCCCAGAUGACUCAACUCCUGUGCCACCCAUCGUUUGGUUUCCCCCACCAGUCCCCAUUCGAUCGUCUUCCCUGAAGUAUGAGUUGGUCGAGUCUUCAGAUGGCGUGACGCUUCCUCUCAACUGGUUUCACCCACCUGUCCCCAUCCGCUCGUCUUCUUUGACUCAGAAGUCAAUUCCUUUGAGUAUGGAAACAACGGAUGAAUCAGGCUAUCAGGUUCCGAGGAGGAAAUUGCUUCAGAAGGAAUUGCUCCUUCCCGAAGAUACACCCACGCCACCACAAAAACCACCACGCAAGUUCCCGUCACCCCACUUCCGUGUUGCACCACCCGUCCCUUUUUGUGCACCAUUUGGAAAGAAAAAGAUAAAAGAAUACCGUGUCAUGGAUAAGGAUUGGGAAGUGAAGUCGUUGAAGUUUUGA